CGAAAGGUGACGUACUGACAUCAUUCGUGACGCUGGGUGCGCGGAAGGUCUGGGGAGGUGGGAAGAGCGAACAUUGGGGCCGGCUGUCUGUGUCUGUCUUUCUCAGGCUGGCACGUAUUUGUCCAGGAGGAGGAGGAGGGCGGCAGAGCUGCAGCCAACGUAUGACGAGCCAGUAGUCCCACACCUACAACCCGACCAUCAGGAGAUGCCUGUGCUUGGACGAGCUCAGAUAAGACUGGACUGGAGAUUCAUCGCUAACGACGGGCACCCAGUAUCGCUGCGCAUUGAUGAACUUUACUAGUACCUACUUUUUGCACCUUACAGAGGAACACUGGUGUGUCCCGACAAACAUAGCACUUAUGAAGACUCAAAUAGUAUAAGUUUCUACUCUACAGAAGUGACAACUUUUUGGGCACCACAUUAAAAGGAUACUGCCCCAGCGGAGCGAAGCAUUAUAGAGUGGGGGCUGCACUUUACUAGAAGGCACUUUGGAAUCUCGUAAUACCUGCAGGCAACCGGGAUAUUGCCUGUGAGGACAGCUGGCGUGGCACAGGGUUUAGGAUUCUUUGGAGUCUAAUAUGGGUACCAUGAAGUGCCCUUCUGUAUUAACCCUAAAGAACUAAGAACACGGUUACCUGGGAAGAAGACAAAUCCUGAAGUCCUAGGUUUGGUUCCUGCUCGUGUUCCCUCCUCGCCUCCCUUCCCCUUGACACACCAUGGGUUUCCUGCUCCCCUUUGACAAUGUGAUAUGUAACCUUUUGGGACUGUCCCUCACUCUUUGGUUCACCCUCCUCCUAGUUUUUAUCAUUGUUCCUGCUAUAUUUGGGGUUUCGUUCGGCAUCCGCCGCCUUUACAUGAAGACCUUGCUCCGUAUCUUCACGUGGGCAACUUUACGAAUAGAAAGAGGUGUAAAAGAAAACAGCCACACGCUCUAUAAACCGCUUACUAAUGGCAUUAUCGCUAAGGAGAGGACAUCCCUGGAGAAGGGCAUCUCAGAACUGCGCGGCAGCGGGCGCUCCUUGGAUGGCCCCGACUUUGAACUGUCGGACAUGUUUUAUUUCUGUCGGCAAGGCAUGGAGAGCAUCAUGGACGAUGAGGUGACCAAGCGCUUCUCGGCAGAGGAACUGGAGACCUGGAACCUGCUGAGUCGAACAAACUACAACUUUCAGCACAUCAGUUUGCGUCUUACGGUGCUGUGGGGGCUUGGCAUGCUGGUCAGAUACACCUUCCUGCUGCCCCUCAGGAUCGCUUUGGCUGUGACGGGGAUUGGUCUUCUGGUCUUUGGCACCACUGUAGUGGGAUAUUUGCCUAAUGGACGGUUUAAAGAGUUCCUGAGUAAACACGUACAUCUCAUGUGUUACCGGAUCUGCGUGCGCGCUCUAACGGCCAUCAUAACGUAUCACGGCAGUGAGAAUCGCCCGAGGAAAGGCGGCAUCUGCGUGGCCAAUCACACGUCCCCCAUCGACGUGAUCAUCCUGGCCAGUGACGGCUACUAUGCCAUGGUAGGACAGGUCCACGGGGGUCUGAUGGGAGUCAUUCAAAGAGCCAUGGUUAAGUCCUGUCCACACGUGUGGUUCGAGCGCUCUGAGGUCAAAGAUCGUAUUCUGGUGGCUAAAAGGCUCACAGAUCACGUACAAGACAAAAGCAAACUGCCUAUACUUAUAUUUCCCGAAGGUACCUGCAUUAACAACACCUCGGUAAUGAUGUUUAAGAAGGGGUGCUUUGAGAUCGGUGCCACCAUUUACCCCGUCGCUAUAAAGUAUGACCCUCGUUUUGGAGAUGCCUUUUGGAACAGCAGCAAGAAUGGAAUGGUCACCUAUCUUCUGCGAAUGAUGACGAGCUGGGCCAUAGUGUGUAGUGUUUGGUAUCUACCUCCCAUGACGCGCCGGGAGAACGAGGACGCCGUACAUUUUGCCAACCGGGUGAAAUCGGCAAUAGCUCGGCAGGGAGGACUUGUUGAUCUGCUAUGGGACGGAGGACUGAAAAGAGAAAAGGUCAAGGAUGUUUUUAAGGAGGAGCAGCAGAAACUGUACAGCCGUCUCAUCGCCGGAAACCAUGAGAACCGCAGCCGCUCCUGAGCCGUAGCAUCUUGGAAGCAGGCUCGUGAGCUGCGCUGCUGCUCCAUAGUCACGCCAAGGAGACACCGAGCCAGAGGAACCUAAGCCAUGGAGCGAGGGCUGAGGGAACACGAGAAUAGGGAAUUCAAAAGGACAUCAAGAGCCAGUCUGGAUUUUUGUUUUGUUUUUUUGUUUUAGUACAUGAGGGGCUGAGGCAUGUAACCAAGAGUAAGGGGGCCCAGGAAGCGCCUUCAUCAAUUGUUUGCAAAGUUGAGAGGUCCUGGGAGCUGCUGCCACAUCACAGGCUCAUAGAAGAUUCUGAUGGCGUUCACCUUAAAUCCACCAAUGAAAGCUUCAGAAAGUAUUCACCGCUCCAAGUUCAGAAGGUUGACGGUGACCACAUGAAAUCUGUUACGUAGAAGCUAUAAGUUACUCUGAGGUCAGCAAGGAUUGUAUGUUACGUCUUCUAUGAGGAUACUGGGUUUCCGUGCUUCUGAAGCAACGGGCCAACGCAAGAAGCAAGACUGAUCACAUAAAACAUAGUCCUGAAUCUAAGACUGGCAAUGCUUGCAGCUGGCAUUGAACACAAACCCCCAAAAAAGCUCAUCUGAUGCAAACACUACGCCGAACCCGUACGUGGCCGAGACCCUUCAGAAGCAAACCUUCUCUUCCAAGGCAGAAACCCCACCUUCACGGCUAAACCCUAACAAACCCUAAUCUGCCACCAUCUACUACGCCUUUUGGCAUCUCUUGGCCAGGAAAGGCUGUGGUGGUCUCCACGGAACAUUCAAGCCAAAAAAAGGGGGAUUAAUGAUGCCACGAUAUGUUAGAUCCUUCCAGUUCCCUUAUUCGUUGAGACAUGUGCCUCCCUUUCUGACUGUUACACCUUGUCCUGCAUGGGCCACCUUCCUUGUUUUUGUUUUUAUAAGGUCAAUAAAAAUAUCUUACAAAAA